AUGGCCGAUGACAAGAAAGACAUCGAUGCAGUCUCGGGCGUCGAAACCACCGGCCAUGAGUGGGACGGCAUCAAGGAGUUGAACAACCCGCUGCCGCGCUGGUGGCUGUGGACCUUCUACGCCACGAUCGUCUGGACGAUCGGUUACACCAUCGCCUACCCGGCAUGGCCCGGCAUCACCGGCGCCACCGCCGGCGUUCUGGGCUGGUCCUCGCGCGGCCAGUUGGCCGAGGAGAUGGACGCGGCGCGGGCCGAACAGGCGGUCUAUCUGAGCCGCAUCGAACAGGCCGAUGUCAACGCGAUCGCGGCCGAUCCGGAACUGGUCCAGUUCGCCGUGGCCGGCGGUUCGUCCGCCUUCAAGGUCUACUGCGUGCAGUGUCACGGUUCGGGCGCCGCCGGCGGCGAGGGCUAUCCCAACCUCAACGACGAUGACUGGAUCUGGGGCGGCACGCUCGAGGACAUCGCCUGGACCAUCCGCCACGGCAUCCGCCACGAGCCCGAUCUCGACACGCGCUUCAACGACAUGCCGGCCUAUGGCCGCGACCAGAUUCUCGAUCGCGACCAGAUCUCGGAUGUCGCCUGGUAUGUGCGCCAGAUGUCCGGCCAGGAAUAUGACGAGGAGGCCGCCGCGCGCGGCGCCGAGACGUUCGAGAUCGAAUGCUCGGCCUGUCACGGCAUCGACGGCGAAGGCGUGCCCGAACUGGGCGGACCGCGCCUCAACGACGCGAUCUGGCUCUAUGGCGGCAGCCAUGCCGAGAUCGUCGCCCAGAUCAACAAUCCGCAGCAGGGCGUCAUGCCCGCCUGGGGCGACCGCCUGGGCGAGACGACGGUCAAGCAGCUCGCGGUCUACGUGCACCAACUCGGCGGCGGCCAGUAG